UACAUUUAUAUUACAUAUUUCUUUUAAUUUUCUUCAUUUUGUCUUUUAUUUCAGGCUGGAAAGUAAAACAUUAAAUUCUCCUUCAUCAUGAGUGUUGUGAACUUCAGUUCACUACAAAAUGCAUCAUUUGUGCGCCCAGAGUACUUUUUUAUCAGUGGAUUUUCUGGAAUACCCUACAGCCAAUACUACUUCAUUUUUUUAUUUUUUGUGUAUAUUGUCUCAGUGUGUGGGAACUCAUUUGUCCUUUUCAUGAUAUUAGUUGAUCGAAGUCUGCAUAUUCCUAAAUACAUGGGGAUCUUUAAUUUAGCUCUAUCAGAUUUUGGUGAAACAAAUGCACUGAUUCCUAAUCUUGUGAAGACUUUUCUUUUUAAUUCACAGUACAUAUCCUAUGAAGCUUGUUUGGCUAACAUGUUUUUUACUUUUUUCUUUUCUGGUGGACAAUGUUUAACUCUUGUUGCUAUGGCAUAUGACCGCUUUAUUGCCAUUUGCUUACCCUUGAGAUAUUAUGCUAUUGUAAAUAACUCUUUCAUGUUUGUGACUUUAACAUCAAUUUGGAUAUUUAAUUUUAUUAUAAUUGGCACAACAGUCAUUUUGAUUACAAGACUAUCAUUUUGUAAAACCAAUGAGGUAAAGAGCUUUUUUUGUGACCAUGGGCCAAUUUAUACACUUGCUUGUAAUAACAAUAGAAUAAAUUCAUUCAUGGCAGGCAUUUGUAUGACAGUAUAUCUCUAUGUACCAUUGACCGCCAUAGUCUUAUCAUAUGUUGGCAUUCUGUUGGCCUUGACUAAGAUUACAACAUGGGAGGGUCGUCUUAAAGCGCUCAAAACUUGUGUAUCUCAUCUGUUGACAGUAGGAGUAUUUUUCUUACCUGUAGUGAGUACAUACCUUGCUGCUUCAGUAUCCUCUCUCCAUCCUAAUGCUAGGAUAAUUAACACUUCCCUCUCAUUUACAAUUCCACCCAUGCUAAAUCCUAUUAUUUAUGUCUUGAACUCAAAGGAAUUCAGAGAGUUUAUACUGAAGAUGUUUAAAAAGAAAAACAAAACAGUUCCCCGGGUGCAGGCUUUAGAAAAGUGA